GAAAAAAAAAUGGCUAAUAAUACAUUACCAGCUCCUCAACAGCCAGGUAGGCAUUUUAACCUAGUAAGAUGUGUCGCCAUUUGCUGUCUAGCCCUUAUUGUUCUUGUCGGUCUAGCCGUGCUCAUCACUUGGCUAGCCAUUAGGCCCAAAAAGUUGGUUUACACCCUCGAAAACGGCUCACUCCAAAAUUUCAACCUCAACAAUAAUAACCACCAUCUCAAUGCCACAUUCGAUUUCGUGCUCAUGGCUUAUAAUCCCAAUACCAGAACCUCCGUCUACUAUGACUUCAUGGAGUCCGCCGUGUCGUUCAAGGACCAAACUCUCGCAUUCGGGACGACCCAUCCUUUCUUUCAGCCUCACCGGGACACGACUCGGGUGGAAUCGAGACUCGUGGCUACGAAUUUGGCACUGUCACCUUCAACGUAUAAGGACCUCAGGCAUGAAAAAUCGUCGGGGGAGAUCGAAGUCGAUGUUCAUUUCAAGUCGAGGAUUCGGUUUAAGGUAGGUAUAUGGAAGUCGAAACAUCGUACUAUGAAGAUCGUGUGUUCCCCGGCGACAUUGCAUCUGUCUUGGUCCAAACAUUUUGAGAACGUACCAUGUGAUGUAGAACUUUAGGGGUUGUUUUUUCCCUUCUUUUUUCUAAUGUUGCCAUUUUCA